GUUUCGUUUCAGCAGCAUCGUCAAUCCUCCAUCUGUCAUCUAUCAUCUCCACCAUUCCCUAUAACCCUAAUUGUCCAAAUCCCCUGAAAGAAAGAAAAAAACUAAAAACCCCAAUUACCAAAAAUGGCUUCAACGACUCCAACGAACCGAUCUUCAUCGGAUGAUAUCAUCGAUGCGACGCCUCUUCUCUCAUCAACAAGUAACGCUUCAAGGGACGAGACCACCGCGCGUCGUUCCGUUCGUCGCCAGAGCCUCCGUGAAGCGGCUCGGUUCCUCCGCCGAGCCAGCAGCCGAAGGAUGAUGCGUGAACCCUCCAUGCUGGUUCGAGAGACCGCAGCCGAGCAGCUCGAGGAGCGCCAGAGCGAUUGGGCGUAUUCGAAGCCCGUCGUGGUCCUCGACAUUAUCUGGAAUUUCGCGUUCGUCGUGGUGUCGAUCGGGGUUUUGCUUUUUAGCAGGGACGAGAGGCCGGAGAUGCCGUUGAGGCUGUGGAUAAUUGGCUACGCUUCGCAGUGUUUGUUGCAUAUGGUUUGCGUUUGUGUGGAGUACAGGCGCCGCUGGCGGCAGCGGAGCUUGGGAUACAGGUCAAUUAAUUCCGGCGAGGAAGGGAUUCCCAGCCCAGGAUCAAGGGUGGAUUCAGAGCAGUACGUGUCAUUGUCUCAGCUGGAAGAGGAUAGUGGAAGUAGUGUUGCAAAGCAUCUUGAAUCUACGAAUACAAUGUUUUCAUUCAUCUGGUGGAUCAUUGGAUUCUACUGGGUAUCAAUAGGAGGCCAAGCAUUGGCACGCUCCUCCCCUCAGCUUUAUUGGCUUUGUAUAAUUUUUCUUGGUUUCGAUGUUUUCUUUGUUGUUUUCUGUGUUGCACUGGCAUGCAUCAUUGGUGUUGCUGUUUGCUGCUGUCUUCCAUGUAUUAUUGCAAUCCUAUAUGCUGUGGCAGAUCAGGAGGGAGCUACCAAGGAAGACAUUGAUCAGUUGUCUAAAUUCAAGUUUCGAAAAAUUGACAAUAAUGGAAAAUCUCCUGGUGAUGUACAAGGACCUUUUGGGGGAAUAAUGACUGAAUGUGGCACCGAUUCCCCCAGGGAACAUAUUCUUUCCCCGGACGAUGCAGAAUGUUGCAUUUGCCUUUCCGCUUACGAUGACGGAGUUGAGCUAAGGGAACUUCCUUGCUGUCACCAUUUUCAUUGUGCCUGUAUAGAUAAGUGGCUAUACAUCAAUGCUACCUGCCCUCUCUGCAAAUACAACAUUCUAAAGAGUAGCAUCCACGAUGAAGUGUAGAAGAACGGAAACAAUUAUUAACGGUUGACUCUGCUACCUCUGCUUAUGGUUUAAGCUCAACGGCAGCAGUAUAAUGUACAGCACUUAAUAUAGGCUAUUCUAUAUUAUUGUCCUUUUUGGUGGUAGUUGUCUAUCAUAGAGCUGGGGUGAUAGUGAUGACGUGCUUACUUUAGCUCUGGUCUUCAUGGAGUUUCGUGUAUAUCAAUGAUUUCCCGGGGCAUCUAAAGCACUGGCUGAGUUGAACAACUCGUUUCUUUCUCUACUAUUUAUUUUCAUCAUUUGAUAA